CAUAAACUUUAACCUAGGUGUAAAUACAUAUGCACAAUUAUGUAUACAACGAUUGACCAUCCCAUGAUUAUUUUAUUCUACACAAAAUAUGCUUUUAAAAGGUAAGACCAUCUCAUAUUGUGAUCAGUAUACCGAGAUGAUUCUAGUCGUAUUGAUAUGUGUUUGCGUAGUGUUGACUCAGUCGAGUGCGCAGGAGUCGAAGUUGGUUAACAUAAACCAGGGUCCUAUUAUAGGAUAUAAGGCAGAGGGGGCCGAUGUGUUUGCUUUCUACAACAUCCCUUAUGCGACUGCGCCGACAGGACCGCACAAGUUUAAGGGCCCCCUUGCUCCGCCAUCGUGGGUUGAACCUAUGGAAGCAAUAGAUAAAGGCGUAGUCUGCCCACAAAAUUUAAUGUUUAUGCCACCGAGCAAAACCAUACAGGAAGACUGUCUUGUUGCCAGUAUUUAUGUACCUAAUACAAACUCGAGCAACUUGCCCGUGAUGGUUAUGGUUCAUGGAGGAGCAUUUCAGUUGGGGUUUGGAGAUGCUGAAACGCCAAUACAUUUGGUCAACACUAAGAAAAUAAUAGCUGUGACAUUCAAUUAUCGUGUGGGUAUACACGGCUUUUUGUGUUUGGGAACAGAAGAUAUUCCUGGGAAUGCUGGUAUGAAAGAUCAAGUUGCAUUACUUCGGUGGGUAAAAGAAAAUAUAGUAUUCUUUGGUGGAAACCCUAAUGACGUCACCAUCGCUGGAUGCAGCGCUGGUGGAGCCUCAACAGACCUAUUAAUGAUGUCAAAGCUUACAAAAGGUUUAUUUCGAAAGGUUAUAGCUUUAAGUGGUUCAAAUGUUGGAGUAUUUGGGGUACAGCUCGAUCCAUCGAGUAACGCAAGAAAUCAAGCGAGAAAAUAUAACUUCGAAAACGCAGAUGACUUAAAUGCACUUGAAGAAUUUUACAAGACUGCUUCAUAUGAACUACUCAUGUCUGAUUCACAAUCAGAAAACAAACAUUCGUGUGUCAUUUUCUCACCAUGCAUAGAACGUGAUGUGGGGCAGGAAAGGUUUUUGGAAGCUGGUCCUGUGGACAUAUUACAGAUGGGGGAUUAUGUAAGGUAUCCGGUUUUAUAUGGUUUUGCUGAAAAAGAAGGUUUGAUCCGGAUGUUUCAGUUCGAUACUUGGAAGAACGACAUGAAUAAAAACUUUUCCGAGUUUCUCCCCGCGGACUUAACUUUCAGUGAUGCCGAAGAGAGAGAAAAAGUAGCCGCAGAAGUUAAGAAGUUCUACUUUGGUGACCAAUUGAUCAACGAUGACGACAUACUUAAGUAUGUUGAUUAUUUUACUGAUGUGAUGUUCGUAUAUGGAAUGCUGCGGUCAGUAACACUACAAGUCGAAGCAGGCAAUCAUGAAAUGUACCUCCAUCAAUAUUCUUUUGUCCAUGAUAAAGUACCAUUUAUAUCACACACCAAUAUUAGAGGAGCUGCUCAUUGCUCUCAAUCACAAGCUGUUAUCGAUGAAGAUGAAAGAGAUCUUUCGGAUGAGUAUAAGCAUAUGAAAUUAUUGAUGAGAGAAGUGUGGCUCAAUUUUAUAAUAACUGGAAAUCCUACACCAGAAGGAUUUUCAAUGAUACCUCGAUGGACGCCAGCAAAUGCAGACCGAUCACCGUGCAUGUCUUUUGGGAAUAUCGCAGAGCUGGUAGAAUCAGUUAUACCGGAACGAGCUAAAUUUUGGGAUGAAUUAUACUCUCUUUACUACCGUCAUCCUAUGCCACCUUCAGUUUCAUUAACAUGAUAAGUAUAAGAC